ACACCCUUCUCUCUCUGCCCUCCACCCAAGUAUAAACUGAAACCCUUUCAUUUCUACAAAGAAGAAGAAAAACCACUGAAGCACAAGCAUCACGCACACACAGCCACAUAGAGGUACAAACAAUUCAUUUAUAGUUUUCUGAAAUUUCCCAUCUCUCUCUCUCUCUCUCAAUCUAUCUAUACACUUCCCAUCUCUUUUAAACAGGGGAGUGUUCUUGAAUUAUAGAGCUUGACAAUGGCUUCUUUGGUUUCUUCGCCAUUCACUUUACCCACCACCAAAGUAGACCACCUCUCAUCAAUCUCUCAAAAGCACUACUUUCUUCACUCUUUUCUUCCCAAAAAGACCAACCAGAGCAACCCCAAAUCAUCCCUCAGACUGAAAUGUGCUGCAAUUGGCAAUGGCCUGUUCACCCAGACCUCACAGGAGGUUCGUCGAAUCCUCCCCGAUGAAAAUUCAGGCCUCCCAAGAGUCAAAGUCGUCUAUGUAGUCUUAGAAGCUCAAUACCAAUCGUCCCUCUCGGCCGCGGUCCGAACUCUGAACAGCAAUGCCAGGUAUGCUUCAUUCGAAGUUGUUGGGUACUUGGUUGAAGAGCUCAGAGAUGAGAGUACAUACAAAACUUUCUGUCUAGACCUCGAAGAUGCGAAUAUCUUUAUUGGGUCGUUGAUUUUUGUUGAAGAGCUUGCCUUAAAGAUCAAGACUGCAGUAGAGAAAGAGAGGGACAGACUUGAUGCAGUUCUGGUGUUCCCUUCAAUGCCUGAAGUAAUGAGACUCAACAAAUUGGGUUCUUUUAGUAUGUCACAAUUGGGGCAAUCUAAGAGCCCAUUUUUUCAGCUAUUCAAGAAGAAGAAGCAAUCUGCAGGCUUUGCUGAUAGUAUGUUGAAGCUUGUGAGGACAUUGCCUAAGGUUUUGAAGUACUUGCCUAGCGAUAAGGCUCAAGACGCUAGGCUUUAUAUUCUCAGUUUGCAGUUCUGGCUUGGUGGGUCGCCAGAUAAUUUGGUGAACUUCUUGAAAAUGAUUUCUGGCUCUUAUGUGUCGGCUCUGAAAGGGACGAAAAUUGCUUAUUCGGAUCCGGUUCUGUUCUUGGAUAAUGGGAUUUGGCACCCUUUGGCACCUUGUAUGUAUGAUGAUGUGAAGGAGUAUCUGAAUUGGUAUGGUACUAGAAGGGAUGCUAAUGAGAAGCUCAAGAGUCCGAAUGCUCCGGUAAUUGGGUUGGUUUUACAGAGGAGUCAUAUUGUUACCGGGGAUGAGAGUCACUAUGUGGCUGUGAUUAUGGAAUUGGAGGCAAGAGGGGCUAAGGUGAUACCAAUUUUUGCUGGUGGCCUUGAUUUCUCAGGUCCCGUGGAGAGGUAUUUCAUUGAUCCGAUAAGUAAGAAGCCGUUUGUGAAUUCAGUAGUCUCACUGACGGGAUUCGCGCUUGUUGGAGGACCUGCUAGGCAGGAUCAUCCAAGGGCUGUUGAGGCAUUGAUGAAGCUUGAUGUGCCUUACAUUGUUGCAUUACCUUUGGUAUUUCAGACUACAGAGGAGUGGUUGAACAGUACUUUGGGGUUGCAUCCGAUUCAGGUUGCUUUGCAGGUUGCUCUUCCUGAGCUGGAUGGAGGCAUGGAGCCCAUCGUGUUUGCUGGCCGAGAUCCUAAAACAGGGAAAUCUCAUGCUCUUCACAAGAGGGUGGAGCAACUCUGCACCAGGGCAAUCAGAUGGGGAGAACUGAAAAAGAAAUCAAAGGCAGAAAAGAAGUUAGCAAUCACCGUUUUCAGUUUUCCUCCAGACAAAGGGAAUGUGGGAACUGCAGCAUACUUGAAUGUCUUUUCCUCUAUUUUUUCCGUCCUAAAAGAACUCCAGAGAGAUGGUUACAAUGUUGAGGGCCUGCCAGAAACUUCUGAAGCUUUAAUUGAAGAGGUAAUUCAUGAUAAAGAGGCUCAAUUCAGCAGCCCAAAUCUCAACAUUGCUUAUAAAAUGGGUGUCAGAGAGUACCAGAAGCUUACUCCUUAUGCCAACGCACUUGAAGAAAACUGGGGCAAGCCUCCUGGCAAUUUGAAUUCUGAUGGUGAGAACCUCUUGGUCUAUGGGAAACAGUUUGGAAAUGUAUUCAUUGGGGUUCAGCCCACAUUUGGCUAUGAGGGUGAUCCGAUGCGGUUACUUUUUUCCAAAUCGGCUAGCCCACAUCAUGGAUUUGCGGCUUACUAUUCCUUUGUCGAGAAAAUUUUCAAAGCUGAUGCCGUUCUGCAUUUUGGCACUCAUGGUUCACUUGAAUUCAUGCCUGGAAAGCAGGUGGGCAUGAGUGAUGUUUGUUACCCCGAUAGUCUGAUUGGGAAUAUUCCCAAUGUCUAUUACUAUGCAGCUAACAACCCAUCUGAAGCAACAAUAGCCAAGCGCCGCAGCUAUGCAAAUACCAUUAGCUACCUGACUCCUCCAGCAGAAAAUGCUGGACUUUACAAGGGACUCAAGCAGCUAAGUGAGCUGAUUUCUUCAUACCAAUCUCUCAAAGAUACAGGUCGGGGACAACAAAUAGUGAGCAGUAUCAUCAGUACUGCUAAACAGUGCAAUCUUGAUAAGGAUGUGGAUCUUCCUGAGGAAGGUCAGGAAAUCUCGGCCAAAGAGCGUGACCUUGUGGUUGGAAAGGUAUAUGCCAAAAUCAUGGAGAUUGAAUCCAGACUUCUACCCUGUGGGCUUCAUAUCAUUGGUGAGCCUCCAUCAGGCAUGGAAGCAGUUGCAACACUUGUUAACAUUGCUGCAUUGGACCGUCCUGAAGAUGGGAUCUCCUCAUUCCCUGGAAUACUAGCUCAGUCCGUUGGAAGAGAGAUAGAGGACAUCUACAGAGGAAACGACAAGGGCAUCUUAAAAGAUGUUGAGUUGCUUCGGCAAAUAACUGAUGCCUCACGUGGAGCAGUUUCUGCUUUUGUGGAGAGAACCACCAACAAGAAAGGUCAAGUUGUUGAUGUAGCUGACAAGCUGAGCUCUAUCCUUGGUUUUGGUUUGAAUGAACCAUGGGUUCAGUACUUGUCAAACACCAAAUUCUACAGGGCUGACAGAGAGAAGCUCAGAACUUUGUUUCAGUUCUUAGCAGAGUGCUUGAAAUUAGUUGUGGCUGACAAUGAGUUGGGAAGUCUGAAACAAGCUUUAGAGGGGAAAUAUGUGGAACCAGGUCCUGGUGGGGAUCCAAUUAGAAACCCGAAAGUGUUGCCAACUGGGAAGAAUAUUCACGCACUAGACCCACAAUCCAUUCCCACAGCAGCGGCAAUGCAGAGUGCAAUGGUUGUGGUGGAUAGGUUGCUUGAAAGACAGAAGGUUGAUAAUGGGGGAAAUUAUCCCGAGACAGUUGCACUUGUUUUGUGGGGAACAGAUAACAUUAAGACAUACGGGGAGUCAUUGGCACAGGUUAUGUGGAUGAUUGGUGUUAGGCCAGUUGCAGAUACAUUUGGUCGAGUAAACCGGGUGGAGAUAGUCAGUCUAGAAGAACUUGGAAGGCCUAGGGUUGAUGUUGUUGUCAACUGCUCCGGAGUGUUCAGAGACCUCUUUAUCAACCAGAUGAAUCUCCUUGAUCGGGCAGUGAAGAUGGUAGCUGAACUGGAUGAGCCGGAAGAUCAGAACUAUGUGAGGAAACAUGCGCUAGAACAAGCUCAAGCUCUUGGUGUUGGGGUUAGAGAAGCUGCAACCAGGAUCUUCUCCAAUGCCUCAGGCUCCUACUCCUCUAACGUGAACCUUGCAGUUGAAAAUUCCUCAUGGAAUGAUGAGAAGCAACUUCAAGACAUGUAUUUGAGCCGCAAGUCCUUUGCAUUUGACAGUGACGCUCCUGGUGCAGGCAUGACUGAGAAACGAAAGGUUUUCGAGAUGGCUUUGAGUACCGCUGAUGCUACCUUCCAAAACCUUGACUCAUCUGAAAUCUCACUUACAGAUGUGAGUCACUACUUUGAUUCAGACCCAACCAACCUAGUGCAAAACCUAAGGAAAGAUGGGAAAAAGCCAAGUGCAUACAUUGCUGAUACCACCACAGCUAAUGCUCAGGUACGGACACUUUCUGAGACCGUUCGACUUGAUGCACGGACCAAGUUGUUGAACCCCAAGUGGUACGAAGGAAUGUUGUCUACCGGGUAUGAGGGGGUUCGUGAAAUUGAGAAGCGACUAACAAAUACAGUUGGGUGGAGUGCAACUUCUGGCCAGGUUGACAAUUGGGUAUAUGAGGAGGCUAAUACAACUUUCAUUCAAGAUGAGGAGAUGUUGAACAAAUUGAUGAGCACGAACCCGAAUUCUUUUAGGAAGUUGGUGCAGACAUUCUUGGAGGCCAAUGGACGUGGAUACUGGGAAACUUCUCAGGACAACAUUGAGAAAUUGAAGCAAUUGUAUUCAGAAGUUGAAGACAAGAUUGAGGGGAUCGAUCGUUAAAACUGUAAAUCAAUUCUUAUUACAAUGUUUGAGUUCAAAUGACUUUGUUGAUUUAGUUGAGUGAUCUCUCCUCUCUGGAGGAUGGCUAGAUGCAACUUCAAGAGAGGUUUGAAAUGUGAAUUCGCUUACCAGUUCCCCAGUGUAAUUUAAUUCAUUUUCGGGGAUUGUACUCAUUGCAAGUGAUCUCUUUCUUUUUCUUUCUCCGUUGAGCUGUAAGUUGCCAGGUACUAAAUCCUAAAAGUUGAAGAAGCAAAUAAUUGCCGUCAUUGUUACAACA